CUGCUAACUGAUUAGCUGGUCUUAUCUCUAAUUCUCAACUACUGUUCGUGAAUCCACUAUAAAAGAUAUUUGUGUCUCUGAAAGGUCGUCACACCUCUGCAAGUGCCGAUAGUAAACCAAGUAAGCAGUUCUUCCAACGGAGUCACCAUGAAGGCAAAACUUUUCUCAUUCAUCCUAAUGGCGGUGACCAUCUGUCACUCAACGAUCCCGGCAGCAUGCGCGGAAAAAUGUCCCGAAGUCUUCGACCCCACCCACCUGGUUUUCUACCCUCAUCCAACGGACUGCUCGAAGUUCUAUUUCUGCGGCCACAGUGGACCUGUCGAGAAAACUUGCCCUCCUGGGCUCCACUGGAACUCCUAUGCCAAUGUAUGCGAUUGGCCAUCACAAGCAGGAUGCGGUGAGGCAAGUACGGAGGCUGCAUCAUCAACUGUGGUCGUCAGUACGACUCCUACGACUCCAGCCUCAACCACCGCCGUGACGCCCAUUGAAAAGUGUCCCGAAGUGUUGGACCCAAAUCACACCGCCUUCUUGCCGCAUGCCGAUUGCACGAAGUUUUACGUUUGCACCUUGGAUGGUCCUAUUGAAACCAAGUGCCCCGCUGGACUGCACUGGAAUCAACAGGCCAGCAUCUGCGAUUGGCCGGAAGUUGCCGGGUGUGUUGCCGGUGCGUCGAGUACCACGGUGGGGCCCAGUCCCCCGGAGGCAAGAGAAGCCGUUGGCGAAUGCCCGGAAUUGUACGAUCCAUAUAAUGAGGUAUUUCUGCGGCAUGCGUCCGAUUGCACCAAGUAUUACCUCUGCACUUGGGGAGGAAUUGCGGUGGUGCAAAACUGUCCAGCUGGACUCCAUUGGAACAAGAACACCAACCAGUGCGAUAGGCCAGCCCUGGCCGGAUGUGUGGUGUUUGAUCGAGACAUACACUUCAGUAGGAGAAGUAACUAACGUGUUUUUGUUGGCUUAGUUGUGCAUUUAUCUGUGAUUAACUGUUAAGUGACUAUGUGUACACCGUGAAUCAACUCGUCAAGGGCAGCGAUUGCGAUGACGCAUUCGCCGGCGAGGUGUUAUGAGUAUGAGAAGUAUGAGAAACCGCACAGUGUAAAUAAAAUCGGAUUGAAGUCAA